GAGAAAGAAGGUGAAAGAGGAGGAGUGUCAGAGAGGGAAAGAAAAGAGGGAAGAAAAAGACUCAUUGCUCAUUAAGCGAAACCCAAAGCAGAAGUGGACAGAGACACCGGUUUUCAGUCGCUGUGGUUGGCUAUGGCUCAGGGCUCUGACAGCAACGACGCAAGCUACAAGUCCCCAUCACCUGGAAGCAGACCGAGCUCGUCGGAUGACGUGAAGAAAGUGAUGAGGAGAGAGAAGAACCGUAUCGCUGCACAGAAGAGCCGGAUGAGGCAAACUCAGAAAGCUGACAGCCUUCACCUGGAAAGCGAAAACCUGGAGAAGGAGAAUGCCGCCCUGAGGAAGGAGGUGAAGCAGCUCACAGAGGAGGCCAAUUACCUGUCCUCAGUGCUGAGCAGCCACGAGCCCCUGUGCACCGGGCUGGCCCCGCAGACCCCGGACCUCCUCUACCCUACCCAUCAGAGCAGCUACCACCGCCAGCACAUCGCCGUACCACACUACCAGCGCUGACCUGCCCGAGGGCCUGUGGCUAAAACAGAUGACUGACCUCAAGAGACACAGACUGACAGGAGACUUGUGUCUUUUUUGUUUAUUGUUAAAACGUAGUUAAGGCAAGACAGGCUAAGUUGUCCAUCAAGCAACGAGCCCAAACUGUAACCAGUAGAAAUCAAGACCUAUUUAUUUUGCUUCUUCAUGUCUCUUUGCUUUCCGAUUGUAAAUCCAUAUGUGAAUUUAAAUGGCUUGGUAAGUAGGUUUAUCAAAUAGUCCAUGUUUACAAAGAGAGAGGAAACAAAAAUAUUGUGCUCACAUUUGUAAAUGCUUAUUUUUAGUAUUUCAGGGAGCACCUUUUGUCAUCUCAUGUCUUGUGUUCUUUGUGUGUGUAAUAUGUUUUUGUGUGUGUGUGUGUGUGUGUGAGUGUGUGUAAAUGCUCAGGAGCCUUGACAGUGUUGAUUGUGGACAAAAAGAAUGUAAAUGUAAAAAAAAAAAAAAAAAAAACAGAGAAAAGG